AAUACAUUUUAUUUGAUUUGUAUGCACCCCUAGUCUAAAUCGGGAUAGUAUCCUAAUAACAUGCAUGAAACGGAUGUUAUAAGAUUUUCUUUUUAGAAUACUUUCAUACAAUUAUACACAUUUUUUUUUUUUUUGCCAAUAUACAGCGUAUGGAUCGUUUUUGGACUAGAUUGAAGUUAGAGAGUCUUAGAAAAUGUUGUCUAAAAGAUUAGGCCAGAAGAAUUGGACUUUAUGGGCUAGUAAUUAAUAUUGAGGCCCGGUCGCGUUUGGCCCAAACGUUAAUUCCUAGAUCAAAAUCUUCUCCCCAGACAAAGAAAACGAAAAGAUAAGGUCCGAAAAACUUCUUCGGCUUCCAUGGCUGCCAAGCUCUCAGCAGCUCUUCACAUCCAUUUCACCAAUCCGCCAUUAUCGUCAUCCUUCUCGGACACUAAACCAUACAAAGCUCCCUUCAAUUCCAGAAGAAGGCUUAGCAUUUCUUGCCAUUCCACAAAAUCCCCUCAUAAAUUUGCUGAAGAGCUUCGAAAUCAGAGAAAUGGCCCGUCUUUGUCGGAACAGCUCCGGCCUCUGUCCGGAACCGUUCUCGCCGACCAUCCAAAAGAAAACGAGAUCCAAUCGAAACCCUUAUCUAUCUGGGUCAACCCGACCCGACCCAGACCUUCCGCUCUCUCCCUCCACCGCCACAGCCGCUCUGCACAUUCCUCCUUCAACAGUUCCCAGCUCCGGGAGCUGAAGAUGCUCGCCGGGAAGAUGAACGAAUCCGAUCUCUCCGGCGAGGGUUUCGCGGCUGUUCUUGAGGGAAUCCCGGAGACGCCAGGCAAAGAGAGCGCUCUGAUUCUGCUCAAAAGUUUGAGAAAUUGGGAAAAGUCUCUGCUUUUCUUGGAAUGGAUCAAAUCCAAGAACCUGUUUCCGCUGGAAACCAUCUUCUACAAUGUAGCUAUGAAGUCUUUGAGGUCCGGGGGGCAAUUUCGGCAUAUGGAGGAACUUGCUGUUGAGAUGGUGGAGAAUGGGGUGGAUCUUGACAACAUAACAUACUCCACCAUCAUCACAGGGGCAAAAAGGUGCAAUCUUUUCGACAAGGCGAUCGAGUGGUUCGAGAGAAUGUAUAGAACAGGAUUGAUCCCUGAUGAGGUCACUUACUCAGCAGUUCUUGAUGUGUAUGCUCAGUCAGGGAUGGCCGAGGAGGCGAUGGGCCUGUACGAAAGGGGACGUGCCAGUGGGUGGGCCCCAGACGCCGUGGCGGUGUCCGUUCUCGCCAAGGCGUUCGCUUCCACGUCUGAUUACAAUGGCAUUGUGUUUGUGAUUCAAGAAAUAAAGGAGCUUGAGAUCAAGCCAACGGUGGCGGUUUACAAUGCUCUGUUGCAGGGUUUGGGGAAGGCCCGAAAGCCUGGGCACGCCCGGAGCUUGUUUAGGGAGAUGGUGGAGAAUGGGAUCGCCCCGGACGCGAAAACCCUAACUUUCUUGAUCAAGAUUUACGGGAAGGCGAGGUGGGGAAGGGAUGUUUUGGAGCUUUGGGAGAUGAUCAAGUCUAAGGGUUGGCCUAUGGACACCUUUCUUUGUAACACAUUGUUGAACACGUGUGCGGAACUCGGGCUGGUCAAGGAGGCCGAACGGUUGUUUGGCAAUAUGAAAGCGUCCCCGUCCCCGGAUGGUCAUUGUGUGCUCGACAAUCGGAGCUACACGGCAAUGCUCAAUGUGUAUGCGAGCGUGGGCGAUCCGGACAAGGCUAUGAGCUUGUUUGAGGAAAUGCGUGAGGGUAGGGUCGGCCUCGACGUCAUGGGGUGCACUUGUUUGGUUCGGUGUUUGGGGAAUUCAAGGAGAAUUAACGAUUUGGUCGCGAUUUUUGAAGUCGCUAUGGAGAGAGGGAUCAAACCGGACGAUCGUCUCAGCGGAUCUCUACUCUCCGUGUUGUCGCAUUGUGACGACGACGAGGAUGCUUUGCGCAGGCAACAGAACUGGGGUUUGGUUUCCUGCUGUCUGCAGAAAGCCAACCCCAGUUUGGCUGCCUUUAUGAAACGUCUUCUUCAGGAAGACAAUACUAGUGAUGACUAUUUGAGAGCGGAGUUCCAGGUGAUUCUCCGGAACUCCACUGUCGAAUCUCAAAAGGCAUUCUGCAACGCCUUGAUCGACAUAUGCAGGAAGAGGAACCUCGGGAACCGGGCCCGCACGCUUUUGCGCGCGGGAACGGGGUACGGAGUCUAUCCCCACCUGCAGAGCAAGGCGGGGAACAAAUGGUGCCUCGAUCUCCGGACAAUGUCCGCAGGCGCAGCCCAGACUGCGUUCGAGGAAUGGAUGACGACCAUCGCUCGAAUGGCGAAGCACGGCGAGCCUUUGCCGGAGGUUUUCACGGCCACCGCGGGGGCGGGUGGCUUGGCCCGCGCGUUCGCGGUGGAGGUGGAGAGGUUUGAAGCUCCAUUCAAGAAGAGCGACGAGAACGGUGCCGGGGUUUUCGUGGCCAAACGGGAAGAUUUAGUAUCAUGGAUUCACUCAGAAUGCUUCUUUACUUGACUGAUUUUGUAACUUACAAUUAGCCAGUUUAAAUUUUUGGUUGAGUUAAUGAUGUUUAACAAUAAUGCAUUUACUUCUCUCAUUAACAAUAAUGCUUGCAUCAAACAUAGAUAUUUAUACAUUUGUAUAAGAGAUGGUUAAAAGGGCAUUAUGAAAUUUGCACGGAAUAGAACUAAAACAUAAGUCAUAUG